GGAACGAGGCGGGGCCAAAUCUUGGCAGUCGUCAGAAAACCACAUGUAUAGACAAACACAUUAACAUUCACACAUUUGUGUUUUUGGACAAUGGUAAAAAAACCCAUUGUCGAGCCACUCCUUUAUUAUUUCAAACUGUUCUUUUGAAAACAAUAUUUUUUUCACCACAUUGUCUUUAUUGUCUAAUCUUCACUGCGUUCCGCUCCUGCCAUAAUGUAACAAAACGUAAUCUUUCUAGAAAUCUGAUUCGCCUGUGUGCCACUAGAGAGAGCUCAAGGACUACUAGUGUAUAUACGUUUCCCACAAUGCACGCCUCCUACCUCUUACGUCAUAUCAUUGCGCCACAGCAGUGCCAUUAGCACAAAAGCUAAAAACAGCUAACCGGAACAUACACAACAUGUCUCUGACGGUUUGGAUGUUUUCUUAUUUUUCCGUGUCGGACGACAAAACUGUUGCAAUUUACAUGUCGACCAACAUUUCCUGAGCGGAAGGUUUAGUUUCAGCACGAAACAUUUAUUUCGUAGUUUCAAAGUUCGCCGUCGGAGUGAAGUUGUUUCGUGUAUGAAAUGAGUCUGUGCAUGCAAGAGGAGACCUUCCAUCACUGCUGUCAACACCUUCUACAGCUAUCACAGCAGCUGAGAGAUGGAUGGAGCUGGGAGUCUGCCCAGGGUUGUCUGGAGGGUUACUUGAAGAAGACUGUUGUCAGGUCAGCUGUCAUUAAAUCAAACCAUGUCUGGGACAAGACAGAAACUACUUCAGACUCUGCAUCACACACUUCCUGUCAUCCACAUGAAAUUUUAAAUUUUAAACAACUUUUGAAUGUAUUUUAUAUAGUUUUUUCUGUCUGUAUUUUACAUAUAUAUUUAACAUAUAUACUGUAUCUACAUAGUGUUUGCAGUGACCUCUACAAUCUCUUUCUUCAGUCUUUUCCCGAUGCCUCAUGUGAUGAUGACACCAUCACAAGUAAAAUAGCUGACGACGACGAUGAUGAUGAUGAAGUUCAUAUAGAGUCUGAAGACAUCUGUCAGGUGCUUCAGUAUGAGUAUCACAUUCUGUUCUCCUGCAGUUACAGUACACCUGUGCUGUAUUUCAGGGCUUUCACACAGGAGGGAAGGAGCCUCUUAUUAGAGGAGGUGUGGAACUCAGUUCAUCCGAACUUCAGACAACGUCUUCAAAACAGUCCCCUCAGUACAAUCAGUCAGGAGGAGCAUCCACUGCUGGGCCAGCCUUUUUUCAAGAUCCAUCCUUGUAGAACAGAGGAGUUCAUGAGACCUGUUCUGCAGGCAGCUCAUGAUCAAAGCAGGCCAGUGAACUUUGUGUUAACUUGGCUCAGUGUGGUUGGUCCCCUGGUUGGUCUUGAUGUUCCCUUGAAGUACUCCAUCCUGCUCCAGUCUGAAGCCAAUACCAGGGACUCUGAGUCGGACUGAAGCUGUAUGCCUCAUACAGAGACACAAGGAGAUACUUGUCUCCCAGCAGUGGUCCUGCAGAGAACCUAACCCUAACCCCAGAAUCUUGGAGUCGGUCCAGGAACAGCUGACCCUGGUGUGGCCCCUGUGAGGCUCUUCAGAAGUACUCCUGCACUCUGCCAGUGCAGAUAUGAAGUGAUUCCAGCGCACGCUUUAAAAUGAACCCACGCAACCUUGUGCAAACAAUUGCUUAAGGUUGUGAAGUAAAGGAAAGACCAUAUUAAAUAUUGAGAGAGAAAGAAGAAGAGUAACAUUACAGACAUCGAACAUGUGUAAGUUUCUACUAUGUUAUAUGGAGGGUAACUGUUCAGGGCUGUAACCCGGGGAGCCAUUGUACUAAGUUGUGUAUCAAUAUGUUAUAAUAUUUGAAUGUAAACAUAAUCUUCUCUCUACUGUUUCCUGCCAAACUAUUUCUUAACAAUUACAUAUAGAUGUAUCCCCCUCGCCCCCUCAGAAAUAUUUUUGGGAAACGGAAGAAACAAAAAAUGUGUAAUUUAGUAAAAAUUAAAAUAAUAAAAAUAA